AUGGAUUUUGGAAGGUGUAUAAGUUUGUCGAGGAGCACAAUCAUGAACUUGUUGAACGUCCUUCCUGAUAAGCAUUUUCUUCCAACUGAACGGCAUCUCACUCAGCUCCAGAAGCAUGUUAUACACAACAUGUCAAAGCUGAAUUUGGGUCCUGUCAAGGCGUUUAAUGUUAUGAAGACUUGUUUUGGUGGUUUUGAAGAUGUGGGCGCAAGCAAAGUUGAAUUUAAGAACUAUAAGAGGCAAAUAAACUUGUUCAUAGGGGAAUAUGACGCUGAUAUGGUUGUGAAACAUUUGAAUGAAAAAAAACAUUCCCAGCCUAAUUUCUCGUAUGAUUACAUCACAGACGAAGACAAUCGUUUGAAGGGUCUUUUUUGGUGUGAUGAUCAAGCCAAACGUAAUUACCACGUGUUUGGUGAUAUGAUUUCGUUUGACGCCACGUAUCGUUCCAACAAAUACUCAAUGGUGUUUGUACCGUUCACUGGUAUAGACAAUCAUCACUGCAAUGUUACAUUUGGUGCAGCAUUGUUGGCGUCGGAAACUGCUGAUACGUAUAUUUGGUUGUUAAGAGUUUUUCUUAAAGCUGUUGGUUCUCAGCCAAAAGUUGUUGUCACUGACCAAGAUCCAGCGAUGAAGAAGGCUAUUUCUGCUGUAUUUGUUGACACGAGGCAUCGGUUAUGCAUGUGGCAUGUGAUGCAUAAACUUUCUCUGAAGGUUGGUGUUAGGCUAUGCAAUUCCACCAAUUUUAAAGAACGUAUCUGUGGUGUUGUGUGGACGGAUAUUCUCACACCUGAAGAGUUUGAAUUAGAAUCGGAAAUGGUUAUUGCAGAAUUCAAUUUAGAAGAUAAUGACUGGCUAUCUGAUAUUUUUGCACUUAGGGAAUCUUGGAUCCCUGCGUACUAUAGAAUGGAGCCUAUGUCUGGUCUUAUGCGAACGACAUCCAAGUCGGAGAUCUUUUUAGACAAACAUUCUAUGCAUGGCAUUAUAGAGAUAUUGUUUUUGGCGUUUUUCAGGGAAUUUCCAAAACAAUACAUUUUGAAUAGAUGGCGCAAAGAGGCCUCCCCAAACUGCUCUCCUGAAUUCUCAAUUAGUCGUGAAUAUAUGACUGAGCUUGAUCCUGAUGUGCAAAGUAUGAUGCAAGAUGUUAUUUAUUCAACCGAAUACACUUUGAACUGUUUAGCUGGUAAUAAAGAGGAGCUAUCCUUAUACAAGGAUCAUGUUCAAUCUUAUAUGAAGAAGGUUCAAGAUAUGCAGAUUGUUGCUCCUCUCGUUAGUUCUAGGGAUAGAUUUUCCGAGAUAAUUGGUCAAUAUAAAAAUGACAAAAAUCCGAUAAGAGUCCCUGUAGGUUAUAAAUCUACAGGUUCUGGUUCUCGGAAGCGCCUGAAAUCUAAACAGGAGAUAGCAGUUGACAAGAAGAAAUCAAAGUCGAAACCCGGGGCCAAAGAAAGACAGUGUCAGAACUACAAAGCCUAUGGACACUAUGCAUCAACAUGCAAACAGGCCGUAAUUAAAAGAAGAUCGACAAGGUCUUCGAGAGCCAGUGAAGAGUAG